GCUUAAACGAUGAGAAGUGCUCACGCUUUCGCUGGACUCCUGCUCCUCAUCAUCAUCCAAAGCAGCUGGCAGGUGGUGCCUGACCAGGACACAGAUCGAAACUCCAUGCUGUUGACUGAAAACUCCAUGCUCAACGAACCCAUUGAGCUUUCAAACAUGAAGAGACAUUCAGAGGGAACGUUUUCCAACGACUACAGCAAAUACCUGGAGACGAGACGAGCACAAGACUUUGUCCAGUGGCUGAAGAACUCAAAAAGGAACGGGGGUCUAUUUAGACGCCAUGCAGACGGCACCUACACCAGCGAUGUGAGCUCCUACCUGCAGGACCAGGCCGCCAAGGAGUUUGUGUCCUGGCUGAAGACCGGCAGAGGCAGAAGAGAUUAAACUCAACCAGAGCACUUCUCCAGCUGUCGCCGUUCUUCUCACUGACUCUGUGCCAUUAUAUGUUUCACGAUCUGUACUAGACUUAUUCUUGCUAUUGCUAUUAAAUUCCACUCACAAGAAGCCCUGUUGGCCUUCAGCGGUUGAAUGAAAUGUUGUUAAAAGUGCAAAAAGUUAACAGUAUGUUUGAAA